AUGCUGUUCUCGUUCAGUGCUCAGCAUGUGCUAUUUUUCUACCACUUAGUAGUUGUGUCGGCCAUUGUCCCAAGAGGGGUGAUAGAACGAUCUUCAUUAUCAACCACAUUUUUGAAUAAUUCAAAAAACACCAACUCGACUUCGACAUCGUCACAUUCACUAGCCUCAUCAUCUCUAUAUACUUCGAUAUCGACCUUCAUUUCGACUUCAAGUCAACUAUCUUCCGAAGCCACGUUAGCCUCAACAAAUUCAAAGAAAGUUGCCAUUUUUAGCCCUUCCUUAGCCACAGGCUACACAUCAACAGAAACCCCUGCUGUAUCUGUCUUGAGUAACACCAUCAUUGGCUCCAAAUCAUCGAAAGAGACCUCAAAUACAAAUAGAACCCCAUCAUAUGAUGUAUCACUAGAUGGAAACUCCAAAUAUUCCUCGCAUUCAAGCACUAAGACCACCCCAAAAUCUAAGACUACUUCAAGCACUGUUGGAAUAGUUGCGACAUCAAAGGAUUCUUUAAGUUUUACCAUUCACCAUAAGUCCUCGUUAUCCGCGAUCUCCAAAACCAACUCGAAGAGUCUGGCUGGAAAUUCAACACUAGAAAUGGCCUCAUCACAUGCCUCUGCAGGAACUUCAUCUACAAGCAAAAAAGGCACUAUUAAAAAGGUAACAUCGACUUCUCACAAAGUCCAUGUGACUUCAAUGCCAAGCUAUUCAAUGUUUGGAAACCAAACCAUUACAAAGGCAUCAUGCAAGUCUACAACGCUAGGUAAAUCUGCGGAACAUUAUUGCAGAGUUAUGAUAGGCACAGUGCAACUGCAUUACUGGCCUACUGAUACCGCGGCCAUGAAUAGGAGUUAUCCCUCUACCAUAUAUCUUCAAGACUACGACAUCACAAUGACAUCACCCUCUGUUUACUUUGCCAUCAAUACAAUGAAGGCUACUGAUCUAUGUGGUAAACAAGUGGGACCUACUAUCAAAAACUAUGCGGUAGGGUAUGACGUGACCGAUGUUUAUACAAUGCAACCGUUUGCAAAUACAAAGGUUAAAACGCGGAUGGGAGAUCCAAAGCAAUUACAACUUUCAGACUUGCGAACAGAUUGCCCCCAGACUACGAUCUUACCCGAAGAUAUAUUUGAUUACCUAGAAACAAAUCAUGUGGUACUAGGAGAAGACAGUCGAUGCAAUCCAAUUUUAUCGUGGCCCACUGACUUGAGACUAGCCGCGGGAGAAUUCUGGACCACCUGUGGUAGACAUUGGGGUGGUAAGUUGGGAAUCUUCGAUCCCCCCAUUCCAGUGACUGCCUGUACUGGUGAUGCAUCGACAUGUCUUUACGGAUCAACCAAAAUCUCCAGCGCGCCAGCUACUACGACGGAACUGGGAGGACCUACUCCAGCACCUGCCGAUCAAAUAACUACUAUUCCCGCGGUGCCAAUUCCGACUAUCUCCGCUGGGCCAUCAAGUACAGGGAAUGAAGGAUUCGCAAGCCUUGUAGUAUCGGCGAAGUCAUUCCUUGCUUCAUCAUCUAGCACUGCAGCCCUGUCAGAAGAUAGGAACAGGAUGGGACCGGCAACUGUAUUUUUUCCUAAACAGUCGACCUCUACUGCUGUGGCUGUACCUUCUUUCGAGUCAAGUAUUGAGAUCAGUCCCAAUCCAGCAGAUCCGUCGUAUCCUCCAACAGCCAGUGCAUCAAUCACUUCAGACACAAAGUCUCAUAGCACGUCACCAUCACUACCUUCACCAACCGUAAUAGCCAUAGUAGGAAGUAAACCCUUUUUCGCUGUGCCAGGAUCUUCUGGAAUCAUCUUGCCAAGUGGAUUUACGGCUUCGGUCGGAGCAGUGGUAACGAUUACAGAUGCGUUAAAUAAUCCCGUGAUAAUGUCUGAGGACAGUAGCAAUAUCUUUGUGGGAUCGGAAUCCUACAUCGUUCCAACUGCUUUAUCUGUGCUUUCAAAUCUGAUCAAUUUGGCGAACAUUGAUGUUGUGAAUGGGCAAAUAAUAUCGAUCGCUACAGGAAGCAGUAUCUCGGGUGCUCCAAUUGCUACAGUAGCUGGACAAACAAUCAGUAGCGGAGGUUCAGCAGCAACACUAUAUGAAGGAAAAAUUGCGAGUCUUGGUGUGGAUGGGGUCGUCAUUCAAGGCUCUGGCGGAUAUUGUACUACUAUUCCUAUCCCUAAUCCAACAGCCCCCGUUACCCCCGCAAGUCUUAUCGAUAUAGGCAUACUUGGAGGCCACACAAUAUCAGUAGGAGACAUGAAGGGUAACUCAGUCGCCAUUGUGGCAGGCCAAACUCUUUCAUAUGGAGGACCAAUCGCUACAUUAUCCGGUGGAAAUAUCGUGAGCUUGGGAGUAAAUGGUGUGGUAAUUCAGGCUCCCAGUGGUAAAGCCACAACUAUUCCUAUACCCAAGACGGCCUCCGCAUCUGCUAGUGACAAAGCUAUCAAAACUCUUGAAUCUGGGGCUCCCACCACAAGUUCCUCAGCAUUGGAUGCAGCAUCUGCUAGUCGAACUGGGUCGGCCACUUUGGUGCAAUCGGAUAAUUCGGGACAGAGAAUUGAGGCGUUGAUAUGGCUGAGCUGGUUUUUGGUUGGGUGGAUUGGGCUUUGUAUUCUGAGAUGA